UCCAAAGUUGAAUAAUGAUAUUCAGAAUCAGUUUCAUCAGCUUGAAACUAGUUAUUUAUAUUUUAUCCUAAUUUUAUUCUAGGGAUUGUGUUGUUAUAUAAUUAGAGGCAGGUAUGUAUCAGGGAGAAACUUGUUUAUGAAGUUGAAGCUAGAGUUGGUUGGGGAUAUCUAUUUGUGCUUUAGACUGCAAACUUCUUAAGUUUUUCUUGUUUGUAUACUAUAUUCUGAAGCAGUGUACCUAUUGGUUUAUUUACUCAUUAAUCUACGUCAUAUCACUCCUUACUGUUGUACUCAAUGGCCUCUGUUUCAAAUGCCUAGACAACCUCAAAUCUGUUUCAAAUGCCCAUACAACCUCAAAUGACCCUCCUUCAACUUAUCUCCUAUUGGUGUCACUUCUAACUCGCCCAAAAAAUUUUCAUUACCUGAAAGUUGAAUUAAGUUCAACAAUAAAGGGUGUAUCCUGUAUUCUAAGAUAAUUUAUUAUUAUCUGCCAUGUGAUGCUUGUUGUUGGUUUUUCUGCUUAUAAUGACUCUUGACAGAUUUUUCUUCAUAUCAGUACUUUGCUCGUGCUUUUCUCCUGUGUCUGUGAGAUGGCUAUGGUACUCAAGAACCAUCAAAUGGUUCACUGAAAUGGGACCUCACCUAAUUUUUAUUUAUUUAUUUAUUUUUUUUUAAUUCAUUGGGACAGUGCAACAUCCAACAGCAUUUUAGAUCGAGCUAUUGAUAUGGAAGAUGCACAGCAUAAUGACUUUCUGAGGCUGGAACACGUGGAAGGGUAUCAUGAACUUUCUGCAAAAACAAAAAUCUUCUUUUCCACUGCUAUUUCAAUAUGGGAUGCUGAAUUCUAUGUCAAGGUGGAUGAUGAUGUUCAUGUCAAUUUGGGUACACUAGCUGCGACUCUUGCCCGUCACCGUUCUAAACCCAGAGUCUACAUGGGCUGUAUGAAAUCAGGACCUGUUCUUUCUCAAAAGAAUGUCAAGUACCAUGAGCCAGAGUACUGGAAAUUUGGGGAGGAGGGAAACAAAUAUUUCCGGCAUGCAACUGGACAGAUAUAUGCGAUCUCGAAGGAUCUGGCCAGAUAUAUCUCAAUCAAUCAGGUCAUACUGCACAAGUAUGCUAAUGAAGAUGUGUCUCUUGGUGCCUGGUUUAUCGGUCUCGAAGUUGAGCACAUCGAUGAACGCAAUCUGUGUUGUGGGACUCCACCAGAUUGUGAGUGGAAGGCACAGGCAGGCAAUGUAUGCAUUGCAUCAUUUGAUUGGAGCUGCAGUGGAAUUUGCAAAUCAGUGGAGAAGAUCAAAGAUGUUCAUGCAAGAUGUGGUGAAGGAGAUGGAGCUGUUUGGAGUGCUCUAUUCUAAGUUAUUAGGAUAAGAAGGUGCUAUGCAAUUUCUGUGGCUUCAUGUUUUCAGUACCGCUUGGUGGCCGAGGGAAGCAAUUUUUCUCUGGAAAUGCAUCAACUGGCAGUUUUGACAAAUCAGCUAAGAGGAACAGGUGUGCAUAUAGAUGGUUCAUUUUCUCACUACUACAUCUGUACAUGUCGUGGGAAGCCUCUGGGUAAUUUUCAUUUGGGUUUUCAAAGGCAUGAGCUACACCAAAUCCUCAUUCGUGUUGCUAUUGUUCGGGGCAUGGUAUGAAAUACCAUUGCUUCCCAUGUGUUUUAUGUUUUGGGUUAGGAUCAUGUUAGGGAUUUAUACAGAGAAAUCAAUUCUUUCAUGUGGGAGUUCUGAUUGUAUUGUGGGUUUUGGAUGUACAAGUGAUUUUCUGUCAUUGAUUUUCAUGUAAAGGCUCUGAGCCCCCAUUAAUUUUUUCAUAAGCUAUUUUCCUCUUAGGUGAUGAUGAAAUUUGUGCACAGUUUAUAAUCAGUAAUCAAAAGAAGUGGAUUCAUACUUCUGA